CAGGUGCCACCAACCAACUUGAAAAAGCCAAAAGGCUACUCGAAUCGAAAUUGAAUUUACUAGAUGUAGAUCUUUGGGGCCACUCCACCUGUAUUAGAAAAACGCAGCGUCAAAAACAAAGUUAACGACACAUCUCGACUUAACAGUAAAAGAUGCUGCGGCGCUGUUCGAAGCACCUCCAGGCCCUAUACAGGCGGCAAGGUCACGGCCUCCGGCUAGUGGCCACGCAAACGCCGCGGGCCCUGGCCCCAAAAGCCGUCAACGCCCAGACGCGAGUCCUAGUGGCUCACCAACAACUAGCGUCCAUACAUUACACCAGACCCCUAUACGCCGAACAAGAUGUGAUGACACCAGCCUUUCCAGACUCCGUCUCAGAAGGAGACGUCAAGUUGGACAAGAAAGUCGGUGACGCCGUCGCUGCAGACGAAGUGGUGUUAGAAAUUGAAACGGACAAGACCGCCAUACCGGUGAUGUCGCCUGGCAACGGCGUUAUCAAAGAGCUUUACGUCAAAGACGGGGAUACAGUGAAAGCGGGCCAGAAGUUAUUCCGGAUUGAUGUUACUGGGGAGGCGCCGAAGAAGGCCGAAGCUCCUGCAGCGGCACCUGAGCCUCCUAAAGCUGCGGCUCCCCCUCCACCUCCGCCUAAAGCCGCGGCGCCCCCUCCCCCACCGCCGCCGGCUUCUACUCCUCCUCCUCCACCCCCUAAGCCGGUUUCCACGCCCCCUCCAGCCGCCCCGAUCUCCUCAAUCCCAGUAGCAGCCAUCCGACACGCCCAAGCCAUAGAAACGGCCACAGUGAAAGUACCCCCAUCUGAUUACAGCAAGGAAAUGGCUGGCACUAGAACCGAGCAACGCGUCAAAAUGAACAGGAUGAGGCAACGCAUUGCCCAGCGGCUCAAAGAUGCCCAGGACACCAACGCCAUGCUCACCACCUUCAACGAAAUCGACAUGUCACAUAUCAUGGCCUUCCGUAAGAAGUACCUCGACUCGUUCACUAAGAAACACGCGGUUAAGUUGGGUCUGAUGUCUCCUUUCGUGAAGGCCGCAGCCAACGCUCUAGUACACCAGCCUGUGGUUAACGCGGUUAUUGAAGGCACCGAGAUUAUAUACCGUGAUUAUGUAGAUAUCUCUGUGGCUGUGGCAACGCCUAAAGGCUUAGUGGUGCCUGUGAUUAGGAAUGUACAGAAUAUGACUUAUGCCGAUAUCGAGUUGACUGUAGCUGGCUUGGCUGAAAAGGCGAGGACAGGAAAGCUGACCAUCGAAGAAAUGGACGGUGGCACCUUUACCAUCAGCAACGGGGGUGUCUUCGGGUCUUUAAUGGGAACUCCCAUCAUUAAUCCACCCCAAUCCGCCAUUUUGGGAAUGCACGGUAUCUUUGAACGACCAAUUGCACUCAACGGACAGGUCGUAAUCAGGCCUAUGAUGUACAUCGCCCUUACGUACGACCAUAGACUAAUCGACGGACGCGAAGCUGUCAUGUUCCUCAGGAAAAUCAAGGAGGGCGUCGAAGACCCGGCCACGAUCGUCGCCGGACUGUAGAUUAAUUUAUGAGUAAAAUAACAGCUUCCGGUUUUUUCGAAUCGAGAACGGGUUUUUAGUUACCAACCAUCACCAGACCAGAACGAACACCGAUUGGAGGGAUACCAUAUUUAAAAAAAAAUGCACCCGGAACCUGUAUUCGCAAUCAUGUAAAUUAUUUCAAACGUCAUUUCCUUUAGUAGCGUAUAUUAGAUGCCGUGAUUGAGAUAUGCACGCGUCGUGUUUGUAUAUUUAUUUAUUUUGAGUACGUCCGCCGUAUGUGCGUAUUAUAUUUUUGUCUUGUUUUAAGUAUUAAUAAUUUAAUAAUAGAAAAGCAAGUACAUUUCCUCAAUGUGACGAUAUAAAACUGUUGUUUUAUUUUUCUGUUGAUUGGCAUUUGUUUGGAACGUUCUAUUUUUUAAGUGCAGUCACAAUGAUCGAAUUAAACGAUAUUAAAAUAUCAAGAUUUAGUCUAUGUUCUCAUUUCGAAAACCCAAAUAUUAAAAAGAUUUUGUUUGCCUAUAAUAAUUAUCUUCUUGUAGGUUUCGCCAGGUCAUUGUCUGUUUGAGACUAAAGACUAAGGCCCGUAUUAUAGCAAGAUUCUCAGUGAUUGAUCUAGUCUUGAACAUAGUUAGAAAGGGAUGUGGCUAUAUAUAGCAUAUAGCGAUAUCCCUUUCUAACUGUACUCAAGU